GUGGCGAUCCUUUCAAAAACGUCCCUUGAAAUUUGAGGUACGUUUCGAGACGAGAGGCUGAAUGCUAGCAAUACCCGCUCUAGCCGUAUUUUCUUCAGUAACGGUAUCCACCCCAAAAAGACGGUCGACGAGUCUCUAGGGUCCCUGUUCGGCAGUGGAGACAAGGAUGAAGGAUGAUGUCAGAAAUGAACCCUUGGCAUGCAUUUAUCGUCUUCUCCAAUUUAAUUCCCGUGCAAAAACAGGCACCGCCAGAAGUCAUCUCCACUGGCAGUCCACUUGGUGCGGACUCUUCUCGGCCAGCAGCUCCAAGAUAGCGAAGCGAUAAUGAGGCCUCGAGGUACUUUUAUCGCUGAGGCAUAUCUUUCUCGAAUGGUGUAACUUGCUAAGAGGGGCUGCGGAGUCAAUCUUGACACAAACCUCACGUCACCUCUGCUACGAGCUAUGACGACUGGCUCAAAGUUUAACUCUGCCUCCUCGUGUACCUAGGGGCGUGCGUAGAACUCAUAUUUUUCACACUGCUUGUCGCGGGAAAACGGGAAGAAACGGUUCAAACGUGUCGUCUUCCAGUCCGUUCUUUGGCUCUCUAGACUAGCCCUUUAGAUAACGGAUAUCCCAUGUACUGUAUGUACUGACAACAAUUGCAUUGACGGUGAACGCCCGAGAUCCACUUCGGUAGCGCCGUUUGACAAGAGGAAACAUGGACUUUGUCUUGAACGGACGAGACGUUCCCGGGAAAAAAAGGGAAAAGUGAGAAAAGAUGAUGAUAUCAACAAGAAGGGCGAGUUUUCACUGAAUCUCACAGUAUCUGGGAGAACCCUCAAGAUAGAUAAAUACGGAUCCCCGCCCCAUUUCUCUUGUCCAUCAUCUCGAUCUCAUACCAUCAUCAUACCCAAGCAGUCUUCCCUUCACUCAUACUUGAUACCCCCCCGAUAUAACCCAAUCCACGACUGUCUUCUUUCCCUCUCUAACUUGACAUUCAUCUUCACCUUCGUAUCGACUGUCUUUCUUGUUCAUCAUGCCUGCCUACGACGACAACGAACUUCACACCCCAAACUCCCCCAGCACCCUCCGCAAGAUGUCAAACAUGAACAAUGGCGAGGGUAACGGCGAGGGCCACCACGAUAGCCUGGCCAUUCCCGGCGACGAUGUCAACGGUCCUCAGGAGAUCCCCGCUACCAGGUCCUCCAUCUCAGAGGCCGCAAAGUACAUGCACAACCUCAGCGUCUCGCCCUCAAUGAGGGACCGACGAUCCUCCCGAAACUCCUUCGGUACUGCUCUGCCUAUCCCCCGCAAGCGCCAGUCGCGCCUCUCCUCCGUUCACCAUGCGGACGGACGACCCACCCGUCCCGGCAUGCCCCCGAUCCAGCCUACCCGAGAGCUCCUCGUCGCUCAGGUUCAGGACCUCCAGGCUGAGAAGGUCAAGAAGGCCAAGAACAUGGCCUUCGCCUUUGACAUUGAUGGUGUUCUCGUCCAUGGUGAUCGUCUGAUCCCCGAGGGUAAGAAGGCUCUUGAGAUCCUUAACGGUGACAACGAGCUUGGCAUCAAGAUCCCUCACAUCUUCCUUACCAACGGAUCUGGUAAGAUCGAGAAGGAUCGCUGUGCGCAGCUCUCCAAGAUCCUUGGCAACCCUGUCGAGACCGACCAGUUCAUCCAGUCUCACACUCCCAUGAGUGCUCUGGCUGAGUACUACAGCACCGUCCUUGUCGUCGGUGGUGAGGGUUACCGCUGCCGUGAGGUCGCUGAGCAGUACGGCUUCCGCAACAUCGUCGUCCCUAACGACAUUGUCGCCUGGGACCCUACCAUUGCUCCUUACCGCGUCUUCACCGAGGAGGAGCGCGCCACCUCUCGUCCCCGUGACUUCACCAAGAUCUGCAUCGAGGCCAUCAUGGUCUUCUCUGACUCGCGAGACUAUGCUACCGACAUGCAGAUCAUCAUGGAUGUCCUUCGCGCAAAGAACGGUCGUCUCGGCACCGUUGCUGAGGACCCCGUUGCUGAGCGCGUUCCCAUCUACUUCUCCCAGGGCGAUCUUCUCUGCCCUACCGAGCACCCUUACCCUCGCAUGUCCCAGGGUGCUUUCCGCAUCGGUCUCGAGGCUAUGUACAAGGCCCUCACCGGUGCUGACCUCGAGCGUGUUGUCUACGGCAAGCCUGAGUUGGCUACCUACAAGUACGCUGACGAUGUUCUGACCUCAUGGAUGGGCGAGCUCCACGGCGAGGAGCGUCUUCCCGAGCACAUCUACAUGAUCGGCGACAACCCCGCGUCCGACAUCAUCGGUGGAAACAUGUACGGGUGGAACACCUGCUUGGUGCGCACCGGUGUUUUCCAGGGCGGAGACAACGACGAGAACAACCCCGCCAACUUUGGCGUCUUCCCCAACGUUCUGGAAGCCGUCAAGAAGGCUCUCCGCAACGAGCUCGGCCAGGACUUCAAGUGCUUCUUCGACGAGAAGAUCAACCCCGUCCUGCACGGUGACGCUACCGACGCCGCCGCUGUCGUCUAAGCGUGCGACAAUGACAUUUUAACGAAACUUUGUUUUUAUUUUAUGGCGUUUGGAUUGGGGGAAUUGAAAAGUCUACGACGAAUUUGAACCCAUGGAUUUUUGACUUUUUGGCAUAGACCAGCGAUAGAAUCUUGAUAUCAAUAGCAUAGAUUGAAUUGACCAAGUUGACACUAGGCGGACGCGUCUGAGUGUGUCUUGGGGAAUUGCCUGGAGCAGUUCAAUUGAAAGCAAAUUCUGAACUUUUUCAUGUCGUGCAUCGUGAAUGCGACCGGACCGUGAUUGAGUCGUGCCUCAAUUGAGAUGGUCUAUGUACCUGCAA